AUGGUAAAAGCACCGCCCGAUGAUAUUCCGAUGGCUGUCGAUAGCCAAGAAUCAUCUUCAUUUCAAUCAAUGACACCAAUAACAUCUCCAAAGCAACUUCCAAUUCAUUCAAUGCGAAAAAAAAUCAUUCAAACAGUAUUUAAUAAUGAUUGUUGUAUAUUCUUAGGCGAAACAGGUUGUGGCAAAACAACACAAAUUCCACGUUUUCUUUAUGAAGCUCGUGAAAAGAAAUUUAAAAAUUUUCCAAAUAAAAAAUCUCAACGACACAAAAAAUUAAUUUGUUGUACACAACCACGUCGUGUCGCUGCUAUAUCAGUUGCUGAACGUGUUGCUAGUGAAAUUAAUCAAAAAUGUGGUGAACUUGUUGGUUAUAGUGUUCGUUUUGAUGAAUCUGUUAGUCGUCAAACAAAAAUUAAAUAUAUGACUGAUGGAAUGUUAUUACGUGAAGCAUUACUUGAUCCAAAUCUUCGUCAAUAUUCAAUAAUUAUUCUCGAUGAAGCGCAUGAACGUACGUUGCACACAGAUCUUUUAUUUGGAAUUGUUAAACAAGCAUUAGAAUAUCGAAAAAAAUCAAAAAAAAAUCCAUUACAUGUUCUUGUUAUGUCCGCUACGAUGAAUGUUGAUUUAUUUUCGAAUUAUUUUAAUCAAGCAUCAGUUUUAUAUUUACAAGGUCGACAAUAUCCAAUUGACGUUUUUCAUGUACAAGAUGUUCAAACCGAUUAUAUACAUGCAUCACUUGUUACACUAUUUCAAAUUCAUCGUUCAACACCAUUGAAUGAAGGGAUAUUAAUAUUUCUAACAGGACAAGAUGAAAUCGAUUCGACAUGUAAAACUAUCAAACAAAUUAUAGCUAGUGGAACAGAAUCACUUGAACCUAUUAUUGUUUUACCACUUUAUGCCAAUAUGACAACAGUGAAACAAAUGCUUGUUUUUAAACAAACACCUAUGAAUAUUCGUAAAGUAAUAGUUUCGACAAAUAUUGGUGAAACAUCAAUUACAAUUCCGGGUAUACGUCAUGUAAUUGAUUGUGGUCGUGUCAAAACAAAAAUUUUUAAUCCACAAACUGGCCUUGAACUAUUACAAGUACAAAAAAUCUCACAAGCACAAGCAUGGCAACGUACUGGACGUGCUGGACGUGAAUGUCCAGGAAUAUGUUAUCGCAUGUAUACAGAAGAAGAAUUUGAACAAUUACCAUCAACACCUAUUCCUGAAUUACUUCGAUGUAAUUUAGCAACUGCUGCAUUACAAAUUCUAGCAAUGGGAAUAACAAAUAUCUCAACAUUUGAUUUUCUUUCUAAACCAGAUGAAAAAUCUAUAACAGCUGCUUUACGUGAAUUAUCUUAUCUUCGUGCAAUACAAACAUCAAAUGAUAAUACAUAUGAAUUAACAGAUGAUGGACGAAAAAUGGCUUGUUUUCCACUUGAUCCAAAACUUUCGCGUUGUUUAUUAGCUUCAUCUGAUCUCGGUUGUUUAGAAGAAAUGCUUAAAUUAGUUAGUAUAAUGAGUGUUGAUACAAUAUUUCUUACAUCAUCAAAUAUAAAUGAAAAAAUGAAAAUGCAAAGACAAAAAUUUACAAUGAAUGAAGGUGAUCAUUUAACAUUAUUAAAUGUUUAUAAAACUUUUAUUGCUAAUAAAAAAACAAAAGAAUGGUGUCAAAUCAAUAAAAUCAAUCGACGUAAUUUAUUACGUGCAUGUGCAAUACGAAAACAAUUAAGACGUAUUUGUAUUGAAUUACAAUUAAAUAUUAAAUCUUGUGGAACUAAAUAUAAUCUCGUUAGGCAAGCACUUGCUCGUGGUCUAUUUAUGAAUAUAGCUGAAUAUUUCAAAGAAAAUGAUUAUCGAACAAUAAAUGAUCGUCAUAUUGUUAAAAUUCAUCCAAGUUCAGUAUUAUUUGGUGCUAAACCUUCAUUAGUUGUUUUUACUGAAUUAAUUCAAACAACAAAACGAUUUAUUCGAGAUAUAACAGUAGUUGAACCAGAAUGGCUACUAGAAAGCAAUCCGGAUUAUUUUAAAACACGUCUGUCUUCUAAGUAG